ACGCAGUGGACCGUGUAACGCAGAGCUGUCGGAAGCUGGAAAAUGCUUUGGUGGUGUGGCUCGCAUCCGCACGAUGGUAAGUUGACUAGCAGGCAAAGACAGCUGUCUAGCAGGCAAAGACAGCUGUCUAUAUUUGAUCAGCACUUGUAUACAAAUGAUAUGAAAGAUAUCUUCCAGUCUGUGGACCCCACACAUCUUCUAGAAAUGGGGAUCCCUGUCACAGUUAUCCUCACAGUUAUUCUGUUUGUCUUCUUUAAAGUGUAACGGCUCCUGGAUGAACUGUUUCUGUAACAUGUAUGUUUUAAGUAUCAACUCUGCUUAUAUUCUCAUUUAGUGCACAGUUAUAAUAGCAUUACGUGAUCAUCAAUUAUCUUUGUAUUGAACCCUGUGUAUGGGCCUCUAUAUAAUGUCAGUAGUUAUGGGCUCUGUACAGAACGUCAGUAGUUAUGGGCCACUGUAUAACUAUGGGCCACUGCAUAACGUCAGUAGUUAUGGGCCACUGUAUAACUAUGGGCCACUGCAUAACGUCAGUAGUUAUGGGCCACUGUAUAUGUUACGUCAGUAGUUAUGGGACUUUGUUAUAAUGUCAGUAGUUAUGGGCCACUGUAUAAUGUCAGUAGUUAUGGGCCACUGUAUAUGUUACGCCAAUAGUUAUGGAACUCUGUAUAAUGUCAGUAGUUAUGGGCUACUGUAUAACGUCAGUAGUUAUGGGCCACUGCAUAACGUCAGUAGUUAUGGGCCACUGUAUAUGUUACGUCAUUAGCUCAACUAAAACUAGAAUUUUGGCUGUUUCAGGUAAAGAUGUUAAGGGCCAAAUAUGCCGACCAGACACUACUACUGGACGCUGGGGAUCAGUUCCAGGGGACCUUGUGGUUCUAUACGUUUGGUGGAAUAGUGACCGCCGAGUUCAUGAAUCACAUCGGAUAUGACGCUAUGGUAAGAAAUGUGAAGGCUGCGACGCCAUGGUAAGACAUUUAGUAGUCAAAACAACAUUGUUGUACAUUUGGCGGCUAAAAUGCUGUUGUAAGAAAUUCAAAGGCCACGAAGCCUUGGGUAAGACAUUUGAAGCAUUCAGUUCAUGGAAUUAAAUCCGUUUACACUCUUUUGAGGUGCGUUGGAAAAAAAAUAAUUGCAAUUAUCUUUGAACUCGUUGACAGGGAAUCGGAAAUCACGAGUUUGAUGAGGGCAUUGAAGGACUGGAGCCUUUCGCCAGGAAGGUGACGUUUCCGUUGUUGUCCAGUAACAUGAACCUGGACAACACACCUAAGCUGAAAGACAUCAUCCAAAAAUCAACCGUCCUGACUGUCAACGGGCAGAAGAUUGGCCUGGUCGGCUACACCACGGCGGAGACACCUUACAUCUCAAGAGCUGGUACGGUUGGCGUAAGGCCCCGUAGGUGGGGCUAUGUGAUAGUGGGUCAGUGUAUAGGUGUGGGCAUGGGAGUAUAGAUCAGUGAAAACUUGCGUAGUCCAGGGCAUGGAACUAUAGAUCAGUGAAAAUGUGCGUAGUUCAGGGCAUGGCCCUAUAGAUCAGUGUAUAGGUGGGAACCUACUCAAAGUCAUUUGUCAAAUAGUUAGGUGUGAAUUUCUUAGAGCCUCGAUAAAUCUCCACACAUCCUAUAUGCAGGCGGUUUCUGAAAGAAAAUUAAGCCAGUAAAAGUUUCAGUGCGUUAAUCGAAGCCUGUGUAAAAUAACUUAUUAUUAGCAUAAGGAUACUUUUUAGUUUGAGUUUUAAUCAAUAUUACACUACGUAAUUAGCCCAAAAUCAAUAUUACACUACGUAACUAGCCCAAAAUCAAUAUUACACUACGUAAUUAGCCCAAAAUCAAUAUUACACUACGUAAUUAGCCCAAAAUCAAUAUUACACUACGUAACUAGCCCAAAAUCCCCCCCCCCCCACCCCCCCCCCCCACCCCCCCCCCCCCCCCCCACCCCCCCCCCCCCCCCUCCCAAAACCCCCCCCCCCCCAAUCCACACACACUCUCGCGCGCUCGUGCACACACACUGCCCCCGCCACAAACUCAUCGACACACAUUUACCCCACACUAAUUUUAUCUUAAUAUAUUUUAUCAACCCCCUAUAUUUGAAUUGCGAUUAGCGCAUUACGUUAAUCGUGCAAUGACUCGUGUGUUUGGAAUCCCAUCCAGAAACCGUGACAUUCAGCAAGGAGCUGGAAGCAGUCCAGGCCGAGGUCGACCGGCUCACCCAGCAGGGAGUCAAUAAGAUCAUCGCUGUCGGACACGUGGGGUUCCCUGCUGACCUUGACCUCGCCAAGCGCCUGAGGAAUGUUGACGUCAUCGUGGGUGGACACACCAAUACUUUCCUUUACAACGGUAGGCUGGGACAUUAUUAACAUAAUUUCUGUGUCAAUUUGACGUGAACGUUGUUAAAUGUCUUUAUGUCCAUAGCCAACUUCCCCUACACUCCAAUAUAGUUGUAAAUUCAGCGUCAAGGGUAUGAGAAUCACUGUUAUGUUUGGGGUUCCAGCAAGUUAUGUUUACCCGAAGGGGUGCGAACAUGAGUGAACAGCUUACAAGGCGUGGGAUUGUAAUGGAUGAUGGGCGGGAGUGUGUAUAAUAACAGUGAUUCUCAAACCCUUGACAUUCAGCGGUUUUAACUAUAGUUUUCGGAAACAGCUCGUCACACAGAUUAGUACACCUUAUAUUAAAAAAAAAAACCAAUCUUAAAUAUAAAGCCACUACUAAAUAAUACUCAUGUCCCAAUGAGAACGGCCUGAUGAUUGACAAAGACCCAACGCUUGUUAAUGUAAGGGUUAUAAGUAUUGUUGUAUAUGUUAUCACCGAACAGCUGCCAAUACAAAAAAAAACCUUUGUAUGCUGAUAUGCUUUCAAUUAUUUUCGUAAACUAAUAUUGAAAAGUUCACGAAUCGAACGGUUGCGGCCAGGAUAAGACAGGCGGAAUGAUACGAAAAUAGGCGGAAUGAUACGAAAAUACGUUGUUGGUUUUUUUUUUAAAUCGCUGUAGAAUGUUAUCAUUGUUACAUUCUGACAUUCAGUCUGAGGACAGUGAAGAGGUCGGAGGAAAAUAGUAUGUUCUUUGGUGUUAAGGUCUUAACGUUAGGACAAUCUUGAAUGGUUUCUGUUAAUAUUUUGACAAAAGGGGGCUAGAAGAUUCUUAGCUUCUAGUUCCUAUCUCAGAGACGAUCAGUUCGAUGACCAGACCACCGGUCAGUUCAAUGACCAGACCAGCGGUCAGUUCAAUGACCAGACCACAGGUCAAUUUAAUGACCAGACCACAUUCAAUUCAAUGACCAGACCACAGGUCAGUUCAAUGACCAGAUCAACGGUGAAUUCAAUGAACAGACCACAGGUCAAUAUUCAACGGUACUAGACCACAGCCCGAUGUAAAGAUUUAGCUACAUUCGCAUCAUUUCAACAAAACUAAAACAUACAUUUUGUUAGUAAACUGUCAUCUAUUAUCUGUCAUCUGUUAUCGAUCAUUUUUAUACAACCAAACCGGAAAAAAACUAGGUCAAAAUGGAAUACUAUAACGGAUUAUACCGGAACUCUCGGUCGCUUAUUAUCGCUUAAUAUGUCUUAUGUGCUGCAGUUUUCAGAUAGCAACUUACUUUGUAUUUUAACUCAUAAACACAUAGUCGUUGCUUUUAUUUCUACAUGUAAGGACGGAGUUUCUUUGUGGUUUAAAAAUGCAGCCAAGUGAAUGCCUGAUUUGAUCAAGUCGUCUUAACACAAUGCUUGCUUUUAAUGCCAGGCACUGCGCCAUCCAAUGAGGUGGUCGGAGGCGUUUACCCGACUGCGGUGACGUCAGACAGUGGACAGCAGGUUCUCGUCGUCCAGGGCUACGCUUAUGGGAAAUACCUGGGCGAGCUGCACGUGACGUUUAACGACGAAGGGAUCGUGACGUCAUGGUGGGGAAAUCCGAUUCUUUUGGACAAGUCAGUGCAACAAGGUUAGAGUGACUCGGUGCAACAAGGUUAGAAGUGUGGGGUUUGAAAGCUUGUGCCACAGCUUGUUUCUGUGUAAUUAGCUUAUCUGACUAAUGCGACCGCGGUAAGGGUGUAAUUUUGUGCUUACAAUGAUAAUUAGAGCAAAAAAAAAAAAUACUUAUUAUAGUUAUGAACGUAGUACAAAUACAGAAGAUCACAGGUGGGGGGGGGUGCAUUUAUUGAAAUUAACAGAAAGUCUGACAUUCAGCUAAGUAGGGCAUUAAUCGAGCCCACCCGAGACUGCCGUGGCUACCCACUAAUGGACCUGGAGGUCGUUGCUCAGAGGGUCGAGAACUGAAGGUUUAGAGAGAAGUGGGGGGGGGGGGGUCAGUGUUCAAAGGAAGUGCACCAUUGUUUAGACCAAAGCCUCAUGGGUCAAACAAGAAAAGUGUUGAACAAAUACUGUUUCAGGCUUUGCCCCGGAUGAAACUUGCCCGGUCCACUGUUUUUGUCAAACACAUUGCUACACAACACUGCAACGCUGCCCAUUACUUUUUAACAUCACCAACGAUUGUUGCGUUUCAUGAGGAUAAACAUAAGCUCCAAAACUAACCCAAAGAAACAAAUGAUUAGAUGGUAAAGAUAUACAGAUUCGAUAAAAACCCGAUAAUGGCUUCUCUGUGCCCCCCCCUCCCCCAACUUUUCAGAUCCGGAGACUUUGGAAAUCAUUGCAAAGUACACGCCAGCUAUCAAUAAGCAGAAGACCACCGUCGUGGGUCAAAGUUAUGUUGACCUUUUGGCUGACGUCAUCAAAUGCCGGACCACGGAGUGCAAUCUAGGUAAACUUUUCUUGCUAUUGUUUACCACCGGGGGGUGGGGGGUGGUGUUUCGACCGUAUUUCCGUGACACCAUGGGGGGCGCCUCGGCGAACUUUAAAAGUGCAACAAAGAAUUAAUUUUUUUUUAAAUAUAUUUAUUUAAACAAAGCACAAAUUGCGCAAUUAUUAUUCAUAUUUAUUGUUUCCUUUGUUUCCAAAAGUACUCACUGAAAUGCUUCCGCUCACGGCCUUCGCUUGCGCCAAAAGCACCUGGUACGGAGCUACACGAGUCAUGUAUGGGGAGUGGGCGGAGGUAAAGAGCAAAUCCAAUGGUUUUUAAACCAGAAAAACAAAUGUUUCUACAGGUAACCUCGUGGCUGAUGCCAUGCUACGGUACAACUUGCUACACACCAGCGACUCCUGGAGUGAAGUCAGCAUGUCGGUUGUAAAUGCUGGCAGCUUCAGGGCUUCUAUAAAUACAGGUAAAUCUGCAAUAUGAAUNUAUAUAUAUAUAUAAUAUAAUAUAAUAUAUUCGUUGGCAUAUAUAUAUAAAAUCUGCCAUAGCGAUACAGCGCCAUGACUGACAUCUGGCACCUGUGUUAAAGUAUUUCUUGCAACAACGCAAUUGGAUAAGGCGCUAUUUAUAACGUUUCAUAUUCUUCGGUCUGUUGCGUUUUUUUUUUACAUUGUUACUUAUUAAUAAUAAUUACAUCAUUUUCAUACCAAUCUUGUAAUGAUAAGUCGCAAUUCUCUUAAACAGGCCUGCACCACAUACAACUUGCGGGCCGCAUGUGGCCCACCAGCACUCACUUUGUGGCCCGCGAGUUAAUGAAAAACUCUUUAUUCUUAUUAUUUUCUUAAUAGCUUCCCCCCAUGACCUAUAUAGUUUUGGCCCGCACAAGUCCUGUCUUAUUUUCUUUUGGCCCGCACAAGUUUUUCAUAAUGUAUUACGGUCCACCUUACAUUUAGAGUUGUGCAGGCCUGCUCUUAAAGAUUCUAGCCGUUUGUCAAAUAUAUAGCACUAAAUGUGUCCUAAGCUUUGAGUCUCCUGACACUUAAGACAUACACAUAUUUUUUUUUUUUUUUGCUGGAUAUGUUUUGACCUGACUUAAUCGAGCACAGCCUUUGAAACAUGUAUCUGGCCAUCCCAAAUCCUCACCGUACAUAUUCUUACCCCCCCCCUCUCUCUCUCUCUCUAUCUAUCUCUCUCUCUCUCUCUCUGUCUCUCUCUCUACCCUCUCUCUCUCUCUCUCUCUCUCUCAUUCUGAGUAUAUUACCUGCACCCAAACAAGGUGAACACAACUGUACAAAAGAAAAGUUCAUCACUUGGACAUUACUGAACAUCACUGAACCCGCAGGUAACAUCACGACCGAGGCGGUGAUCUUCGUCCAGCCGUUCCGCAACACGGUGGACAUCGUAGAAGUCUCUGGCCAGACCAUCAAGGACAUGUUUGAGUACUGCGCUGAGAAAUGGACCGAGCUUCCAGAUAAGGCAUAUGGUGGAUUUUUACAAGUGGCAGGUUCGUCGGGGGUCAGAGUCGGGUUCAGAGGGCACGAUACAUUUUACCUUGUUCAGGUUUGGGUGGGUUUGGGGAGGGGGGGGGGUGUUUGCUGCCAACCCAAUUUUGCAAUGUACGCGAGCAGGUGUCCUGAAACUAAAACGAACAUCCUCUCCAUGCAAAAAUUUCAGGGUACGCCUAUGUACAAAACUCUUUGCAGAUAGAAAAGCUAUGAAAAUUGUUUAGCAACAUUAGUAUAAGCAGCUUUUGAAGCGUGUAUUUAAGCGUGUGCGUGGACGGUAACGUUGGCUUUUACUCGAGUGUUUACUUCAAGGUCAACGUUUGUGUGUACUAGAGCAUGUACUUGAGCGUGUAUUUGAGCGGGUACCUUAGCGUGUACUCAAUCUGUUGAUCAUGUACUUGAUUGUGUACUUGAUUGUGUACUUGAUCGUGUACUUGAUCGUGUAGUUGAUCGUGUACUUGAUUGUGUACUUGAUCGUGUACUUGAUUGUGUACUUCAUCAUGUACUUGAUCCUGUACUUGAUUGUGUACUUGAUUGUGUAGCUGAUCGUGUACUUGAUUGUGUACUAAUACUAGAGCGUAUCCCUCAGCGGCCACGGGAGUGUGACCGUGUACUGAAUAUUUCGACUUUGUUAUUGUUUUCACGAAUGUUAUUAGCAGAGUAUUAUCUUAUUCCCAUUAGGUUGCCCCCAUUACCACAUAACUGAUAAGUGUUCUUUAGACACUUUUUUAUUUAUACAAAUGAAACUGAAAUAGAUAUCUCAGUUAAAGUUCGUUAUAUCCUGGAGUGGACUUUUAAAAUCCAUUCCAAAUUUCAGGACUGCAAGUGACCUAUGACGUAAGCCAACCCGUCGGGUCAAGGGUCGUUGAGCUCCUAGUGACCUGCACCAAAUGCAAGGUUCCCAAGCUAGAGCCAAUCAGCGCAGACAGAGAUUAUAAACUUGUGACCAGCUCUUUCAUCCUCAAUGGCGGCGAUGGUCUCAGCAUGUUUCCAAAGGAGAUCAAAAGCCGACAACCAAGAGGUAACGUAUUUACUAGAAACGCAGGGAUAACAACAACUGGAGGGUACAUGCAGAUUCGCAUGUGAUCUUUAAAUUCUAUUUAAAACAACUUGGAAUCAUACCCGUCUUGAGACUUUCUCUCCUGUCGCACAGAUUGUGUAUUUUCUUGACGGUGCCAGAUAGGCGUUCCUGCCAGACAUCUAAGACGAAUGCUGUCUUAACCUUGUCUUCUUCCAUGAGCCCCUCGGCCAGUAAUGUUAAGGCCCCUGACCACAUCUGUUAAUAAAUUCAAUAAAUCCUUAAAAAGGUACACAUGAAUCAGAGCUCAUGGGCCCCAUGAUACAUUUUCAUGAACCGUGGGGUCUAUGAACCACAGGUUAAGAACCCAUUAUCUAAGGAAAAUAUUCUUAAUUUGACAUACCUGUAAAGUAAACGUAAAAGCGGAUUCAUGCCCAAUGUAAAAAAAACUUUGGUGGGAUAUCUUUUUUAAAGGUUAAACAAUUUUUUAAAGCCUAAAAUUAAAAAAGUACUCACAGAUUAAUGCGAAUAUUGAAAGACAACUGGGGUGAGUGGAAUUCCCCUAGUGAAGUCCCUUGCAUGCUUCAAAAUGCUAAAAUACUACAAAACAUUCCGCCAUUUUAAAGUAAGCUUAAGAGAGGUGAUAGCCUUUGAUGCAACAAUCAUCCAGUAGCUGGUAGCUUUGACGAAUACGCGAACAGUUCUUUUUUGGUCGCGUAAUUUGUUGUUUGUUUGUUUGUUCAAAGGCACUGAUAAAUGAAAGGAGAAAGACGCUAACAUGGAUGCAACGCCUGUAUGGCUUCGUGUUCUUCUUCUAUAUUUUAGGGCCACGAUCAAUGAAUUGAUCAUUCUGGCUCCUAUGGUUCGAAGGGGUUGGCGAUGUUGCUGUACAUGGUUUUCAAGGGGAUACUUCACUGGUUGCAAGGGCCACUCAGCAGUGGUAUUAUGAACUGGGGGUUGGAAGACUGGAGUCAAUAGACGCAAAUGUGUCUAGUGUAGUCGCCUCAACUGUUGCUUUUAGAAGCUUGUUCGAGGCUCUUAUUGUUUUUGGCAGGAAUGAGGAGCGCCUGUAAUGAGUUCUUGUUUUUAUUAGCCGGAACUGCCUGUCGUGGCUUCGUCGCUGUCUAGGGGGGGAGAUGAACGAGUUUCUGUUUGAUGCUGGAGCAGUAAACCAGCCCAUUUUUGAUCUUGUACAACAUGGAGAGCCUGGGUAGUCGUCGUCGUUCUUCCAAUGGUGACCAGCACGGUGUUUCUAGCAAACUGCCAACACUUGAGGUAUUUCUAUAGCGGUUCAGGACAAAGCGUUCUGCCCGUCGCUGGACCGUCCCCAACCUGUCGAUGCUUUUCUGUGUAGAUGGGUCCUAGACUCUAGAUUGCGUACCGUUACUCUAAAAGCGGUCUGACAAAGGUUUUAUAGGCUUUUCCUUUCACGCUUGAGUUGCCGAUCUUCAGAUUUAGCCUUAGGAACCCAGGGUCUUUUUUUUGCCCGGUUUCACACAUUGUUAAUGUGCUCGUUCCAGCGGACCUCUCUUUGAAUGGUAACACCUAGGUACCUUACGGAGGAAAUUUACUCAAGAAUAGGGCCAUGGAAUUCGUAAGAGUGGUGUAGAGGGGAUCUGCGUCUGGAGACCGACAGGGUCUGGCACUUGACGGGAUGAAAUUCCAUGUCCCAGCUCAUGUCCCAUUCUGCUAACCGAUUGAGGUCCUGUGGUAGCUUGUCCUGGUCAGAACUGUUGGCGACCGUCCUAUAGACCGCCGUGUCGUCUGCGAACAGUCUGGCUUGAGAGGUGAGCUUCUCGGGCAGAUUAUUGAUAUAUAAUUGGAACGAACAGGGGCCUAGCACCGAGCCCUGGGGGACCCCUGAUUUAACACCAAAAAAGGAGGAGGUUGUGCCAUCUACCACGUCUGCCUGGCAUCGGUCGCUGAGGAAGCUAGUGAUCCAUGUUUUGGUAGUGCCUUGGAUCCCAUAUCUCUGCAGUUUGUGUAAUGGCAAGCUAUGAUGGACACGGUCAAAAGCCUUUGAAAAGUCCAGAACAAGCACAUCCGUUUGCUUGCUGCUCACCAAGUUGGUCGUCAAUUCUUCAGCAAAUUCAAGGAGUUGGGUCUCACACGAUCUGUGACUCUGAAGCCAUGCUGAUAGUCAAUGAGUAUAUUGUGUCUUUCCAAGUGAUUCAUGACCGCGCUUACGAUUAUGUGCUCCAGUAGUUUGCAAACUACGCUGGUGAGGGAUACCGGGCGGUAGUUGGCAGGGUCGUAGUGUUUCCCCUUUUUUUUUAAAUUGGAGUGACAUGCGCUAUUCUCCAGUCAGUUGGAACGUUGUCUGUGAAUGCGACGAUUGGAAGAGGAUUGUCAGUGCAGGGGCGAUAAUUUGGCCAAUUCUUUGAGCAAUCUUGGUUUGAUGUUGUCAGGACCACAUGCCUCGUAGGGGUUAAUGGUUUAAGGAGUGCCAUCAAACUGUGCUCUGAAAUCUUGAUAUCUUCCAUGACGGGGUAGGCUGUGCUCAUCAUGUUGGUCUUCAGAAGGAACUCAACCUCUGAGUACUCUCUACCAUCCCCAAAGGCCGACUGGAACUGUUGAUUGAGUAUGUCCGCAUGUGCUUUGGGUUCAGACCUCAAAUGGCCGUCCCAUCUCAGGGGGGAAGCCCCAGUGUUAGAUGACUUUUGGUGCUUGUCAUAGUUCCAGAAGCGCUUGUUCUUAACACUUUUUGCCAGAGUACCUUCCUCUGAGAAGAUGACGUUCAGGUAUCCAAGUAAGAUCUGGGCAGUAAGCGUUGGAUGGCUUUUCGGAGCCUCAGUACUUCAGCUUUCAGUUCUACCGAGCCAUUCUACUUCAUUCGUCUCUAUUGGCGGUCUCUCCUGUGCAUGAGCCUUCGGAUUUCAGCCGUGACCCACAGCUCUUCUGUUGUUGCAUUACCCUGAAUCUCAUGCAUGUUUGAGCUCAGCUCUGUCGUUGCACUUAUCAGGCUGCCCCAGUCUGCCUUAGCAUAAAUGAGGAUGUCUCGCACAGCCAGCUUCUUUUUUAGCGUGAAAUUCGCAAUUUGGUAUCCCGGGAUCACCUCACCUCUUGGGAUGAGAUGUGGAUUGUUGUUGGGGAGUAGGUCGAGAGUGUUUUCCCCUCGCGUGGGUUCUUUAACCAUCUGUUCCAGACCAUGGUUGUUAAUUAUUUCCAUAAAGUCAGAGUGUAGGACCGGGUAUGGGGACUUGGGCUUCAAGGCAGGAAUCUGCCAGUUCCAACCAGGAAAGUUGAAAUCUCCCUUAUAAGAAGAGAGCAUUCUUCGACUGCAAUUGCUCUCUGAAGUGACACAUUAAAUCUCCUCAAGCUUGGUUCAUCUGCUGUGUUGGGUCUGUAAUAGGCACAAACGUAAAGUGUGCGUCUACCCUUUAGCUUCACCUUCACCCACAAGAGUUCGUAGUCAUCAAAAUCUAGUUCUGGAACAGCGUGACAGUCCAGGCUUCGUGGACAGCAACAAAUACUCCUCCUCCUCUGUCUUUUCUUUCUCUCCGGAAUAGUUUUUAAUUAUCCGGUACAACCUCUGCGUUGGCUAUGGAGGGAUUCAGCCAUGUUUCUGUUCCCAAGAUGAUGUCAGGCUUUACGCUGUUGAUCAAGUUGACUAUCUCGACUCUCUUUCCGCUUCCAGACUGAAAGUUUACAUUCAUUAUGCGCAAUGCUCUGUGUUUCCAUUUGUCUUGUUGACUGCAGCGCAUAGGAGUAGAGCAGUGUGGAGGUUGAAAACUCUAAUGGUCCGUUGGUGUGGAGCAUGAGGGAUUUGGGAAGAAAUCUGGGAGGGAAGAUUCUGUCCUUGAACUGUGGAGGUCAAACCCAGUCUGGCUAUUUGGGCAUCCGCGGACAGCACAGUUUUACGGCAUGUCAGAAUUUUCACCAUGCUGUUUGUAAUAGUCUGUGUCGAUUCUAUGGCAUUAACCACGGAACUCACAUUGUUUACAUGUGUUUGUAAGGAAGUCAGAUUAUCUCAUUAUGUGGCGUCAUGUUUGUAAAGAGGUCAGAACAUCUCAUUGUUUUGGCGUUAUGUUUGUAGGGGUCUCAGAAAAUCUCAUUAUGUGUAUUCAUGUUUGUUUGGGGGCUAGAACAUUUCAUUAUGCGGCUUUAUGUUUGCUAGGGAUUCAGAACAUCUCAUUAUUUGGCUUCAUGUUUGUUAGUCAGAACAUCUCAUUGUUGUGGCUUUAUCUUUGUAAUGGAGUCAUGGGCUCUAAUUAUGUGGCGUCAUGUUAGUUAGGAAGUCAUGGUCAUGACCUCUCAUUGCGGAUAUUUAUUUUUUCAAGGGAGUCAGGAUCUUCUCAAUACCGACCUGACUCAUCGAGUAGCUUUAAAGUAGGUCAUUUAUUUCACUUAACAAUUCGGAACUGUUUCAGAAAACCUGGACACCGACAUCAUGAUUAAACACAUCGUACGGUUUAGUCCAAUCACAACCGGUCUUGAAGGGAGGAUCAGGCACGUCAAGCUUGAACAAAAAGAAGAUACCAUCAAGGGAAACAGUGCUGAGAAUGUGAGAAUGCGAUACACGCUCACACCAGUAAUAUCUGGGAUUGCUCUUCUGCUGCUAACUCAAUGAAAGCUAAGAGUAGUACGAGCAGCGCAGUCGUGGGG